AUGGCAGACAACGAUUUAGCUGACUUAAGGAAACAGUGCAUAACUAGCCUUUAUUUGUGUACAGAUAAUGUCUCAAAAUAUUUAGAUAGUGAAAAAGAAGCUGAAUUUGAUAAACUAAAGUUGUGUGUCCAGCAGUAUUGCACUUUAGAAGCCCAGCAAGACGUUACCAUUGAAGCUAUGGAGAGAGCAAAGAAUGAGACUGAUACUUCAAAUUUGGAUACUUUAGAGGAGAGGUUCCAAGCCCACCUGAGUAAUCUAGCAGGGAAACGGCUCAGGGUCGACAAUCAUCCAUAUAUGACUGAAUUCAAUAAGAGAUUCCAAAAGGGAUUGGAGAGUGCUGCACGUAAUUUAGAUGAAUCAGAUUUGGCGAUAACAGAAUCACAGGAUCAAUAUUUGGAUCCCAUAACAAAGAGGCCGGUAACUGAUCCAGUAAAGAACACAGUUUGUGGACACAUCUAUGAGAGAGCUACUAUUAUGAAUUUGAUUUCCACAAAACCUAGAUCCAAAUGUCCAGUGGCUGGAUGUGGUAACAGGGGACCCAUAACAAAGGACCAUUUAAUAUCCGAUGAAGAACUCAAGUUCCGUAUGACCAUCACUAAACAUUCCACAAUGAUUCAAGAAAGAUCCAUCAUGGAUUUAGAUGAAACUAUGUAA